AUCCGGUGCAACAUCUGGCUCAUUGUUCUAUCUGUGGUUGUUACUAUCUGACGAAAGGUUGUUGAAAUUUUGCUAGUAACGUUAACUAGCUACCUAGUUAUCAGACAAACACCAUGUCUAGCAGAGGAGGAAAACAGAAGAAAGGUAAUGUCACCAGUGAACAGGAGGAAGAGGAGCAGCCGCUUCAAGCUGUGCUAGUCGCCGAUAGCUUCAACCGGAGGUUUUUCCCCAUCUCCAAAGACCAACCCAGGGCCCUCCUACCAUUGGGCAAUGUGGCCAUGAUAGACUACACCCUGGAGUUCCUAACAUCCACUGGUGUUCAGGAGACAUUUGUCUUCUGCUGCUGGAUGUCCAACAAGAUCAAGGACCACCUGCUUAAGUCCAAGUGGUGUCGUCCCACCUCUCCAAACGUGGUCCACAUCAUCACCUCUGAUCUGUACCGUUCCCUCGGCGACGUGCUGCGGGAUGUGGACGCCAAGAAUCUGGUGAGGAACGACUUCAUCCUGGUCUACGGAGACGUGGUGUCCAACAUCGAUGUCAGCCAGGCCCUACAGGAGCACCGGCAUCGGCGUAAGGUGGACAAGAACAUCUCUGUGAUGACCAUGGUGUUCAAAGAGUCAUCUCCGGGCCACAAGACUCGCUGCGAGGAGGAUGACGUGAUCGUUGCCAUGGACAGCAAGAGCAAGCGGGUCCUCCACUACCAGAAGACACAGGGCCUUAAGAAGCUACAGUUCCCCAUGAACAUUUUCCAACAUGGAAGUGAUGAGUUUGAAAUCAGACAUGAUCUGUUGGACUGCCACAUCAGUAUCUGUUCCCCACAGGUAGCUGAACUCUUCACAGACAACUUUGACUACCAGACCAGGAAUGACUUUGUCAGAGGGAUUCUGGUCAAUGAAGAGAUUCUGGGCAACCAGAUCCACCUGUAUGUAACACAGGAUGGCUAUGGAGCACGCGUGUCCAACCUGCAGAUGUACGACUCCGUCUCCUUGGACAUGGUACGCCGCUGGGUCUAUCCCCUCACCCCCGAGGCGAACUUCACAGACCAGCAGGGGCAGGGGUGUACCCACUCCCGCCAUAACGUCUAUCGGGGCGCCGAGGUCAGCCUGGGGCACGGCAGCCAGAUGGAGGAGAACGUUCUGAUUGGUCGAGACACCAGCAUCGGGGCCAACUGUCACAUAUCAAACAGCGUCAUCGGCAACAACUGCACCAUAGGGGACAACGUGGUGUUAGACCGGGCCCACAUGUGGAACAACGUACACGUCUCCAGCAACGUAGAGAUUCACCAGUCAGUGGUGUGUGAUGGGGCUGUGGUCAAAGAGGCUGUACGCCUCAACAAACAGUGUGUCCUCGCGUACAACGUGGUGAUUGGUCCGAACCUGUCCCUCCCAGAAGGGACUGUGGUGUCUAUGCAUCACCCUGAGGAAGAGGAGGAAGAUGAUGAUGAUGAAUUCCUCAGUGAUGACCAGGAAGUGGGACACAGCAAAGACAAGACCAGGCAGAAAGCGUUUAAUCCAGCCGAGGUAGGACCUGAGGGAAAAGGUUAUAUCUGGAAGGCCAGUAUGAACGACACUGAGGAUGAAGAGCUGGCACAGUGUCUAUGGGGCCUGGUGCUUAACCCUGAUCCAGAGAGUGACAGUGAGAGUGAGGCCAGCGAGGAAUCUCAGGAUCGCAGUCGCAGUGUCUCACCAGAGAUUGAUGACGUCAAUGCUUUCCAGUUGGAAGUGUUGGGGACACUACAGAGAGGUUUGGAGGAGAACAUCGUCUGUGACAACCUGGUCCUCGAGAUCAACUCUCUCAAGUAUGCCUAUAACAUCACUCUCAAGGAGGUAAUGCAGAUUCUGACCAGAGUUGUUCUGGAGUACCCCUUCCAACAGCAGGGGACGCAGCUCACCACCCUACAGUACACCGGUUCACUACUGCCUCUGCUGAAGACGUGGUCUCCGGUGUUUAAGAACUACAUCAAGAGAGCUCAGGAUCACCUGGACUGCCUGUCUGCUGUGGAGGAGCUGUUCCUGGAGCAGGACACUCAUCAGACUGCUAUGGUCAAGGUGCUGAUGAAAAUGUACCAGCUGGAGAUCCUGGAAGAGGAGGCCAUCCUAAAAUGGUUCUCUACCGGAGCCACCAAUGACAAGAGCAGACAGCUACGCAAGAACCAGGGACUCCAGAAGUUUAUCCAGUGGUUGAAAGAAGCAGAGGAUGAGUCUUCGGAGGAAGGAGAGUGAGGAGGAUGAGUCUUUGGAGGAAGGAGAGUGAGGAGGAUGAGUCUUCGGAGGAAGGAGAGUGCGGAAGAUGAGUCUUCGGAGGAAGGAGAGUGCGGAAGAAGAGGAAUAAAGACUGAAGACUUGAGAACCGUGUGAAUAGAAUUCCAUGGCGGUUCACUUUAAAUCUGCACUUAAAAGGAUCGGUUCCCCAGACAGAUUAAGAGCUGGGUUCAAUCCGUAUCGCUUGAAGAUCCACAGUAAAAUUUAAAGGUCAUUUCCGAUUUUGAGCGGAAAUUGCCUUUAAAAUUGAGCUAUAACGUAGAUCUUCCACGAUUACGAAGCGAAUACAGCCCUGAACCUAGUCCUGGAGUAAAAAUAUAUUUUAGUGGACUUUCUCCAUUGAGGAUUCUUUUUAAUUCCAGGAUUAGGCCAAAUCUGUGUCUGGGGAAAACCGUCCCAGAAUGUCAAAGGUUAUCAGUUUGGACACUGUGGCAGCUUGAUAUUGCUUCUCCAAAAGGAAACGACGUUGUUGAUAUUUAGUGAUGGUGUACAGCGCAAGCAGACACCUUGCUCACAAUGUCACAAGAAGGAAAGCUGUGGUAUGGUUUAACACCCUAAUAAAAGAAAGAUUUAAAAACA